AUGGUUGAUGUGCACUUGUGGAAAGCGGAAGAAAAUGGGAAAAUUAAGUCAAGUGCGAUUUGGAACGUUAUUCGGGAAAGAGGUCAAAUUGUAAGUUGGGCUUCACUUGUGUGGUCCUUGAAAAUCAUUCCGAGACACCGAUUUAUUCUUUGGUUGGCUUUCUGUGGUAGACUUAGUACCCGUGAUCGUAUCCUUGCUUAUAUGGAUAUUCCGGACGCCAAUUGUGUUCUUUGUAGUGGGUUUGCGGAGUCCAUUGAUCAUCUUUUGGGUAGCUGUUUUUUUGCUAGGUCUAUUUGGAAUCCUUUUACUUUAGCCAUGGGAAUUGUGAGCUUGCCGGGGUCCUGGGAGGAUAUAAAAGUUGCUGCCCAAGUCUUAUCUAAAGGUAGUAAAUUUCAUGUUAAUAUUAUUAAGUGUGGGUUUGCUGUCAUCGUUUAUCAUUUGUGGGCUGAGAGAAAUGCUAGAGUCUUUGGUAGAGUUUGUCGAAAUGUUGAUCAUGUGUGGAGCGACAUUGUAUUUGAUUGUGGUGCGCUAAUUAGAACGUGGAGACGGGUUACUAAAGGCGAGCAGGAAUGGGUCCUUUUUCACGAAUGGAAAGUUAAUUAUGAUGAAGUCACAUCUUUUAAAUGUUUUAAGGCUAGCUAG